AUGACGAUGUCAGUUCGUUCAGGCACUGUCGGCAAUAUCUGGUGGAACUAUACAGUUGCGCUGACUCCGCGCCGACCACUCGACAGAAAAAUAAAAAUUGCCAGGGAGGGGCCAGACAUCGGGGACGACGCUUGUACGAAGGGUCGUCACGCAAAAUCGCACGACAUUUCAUCCACGUCACAAUGGAAGCAGGUAUCAGCCCAUAACGCACGCAAAGAUCACGAAGGCAAAAACUCGCCACGCGGUAAUCAGGCGAUGAAAUUUGAAUCAACCCGCCGAUUUCUCCCUUCAGAAAUCACUGCAGAGAAGCGCAACGACCGUCAGACAAACUUUAGCAGACACAGAGAGGACGGAGUCCAAGUUGAGGAAGGGGCUGAGAGUCUGGAGAAAACUUGGCUGGUGCCAACGAUGAUGCAUCUGAUGGUCGAUGGUGGAUCCUUGCCCACCGCCGAGGCUCUCGUUGACAAGUCAACGUUCCGCAAUUUUGAGGAACAGUGA